AUGCUCCGGGGUAUGCGGCAGAUCAAGUUCUCCUCGCUGGAGAGUGAAUGGAAGAAACGCAUUUCCGAUUGUAGAGAAGAGGAGCUCCGCGCCCUCCGUACGACAUUCAUCUACAAUGCCACUUUGUUUUCGAUAUUCUGGAGUCUGAGUCCUCUAUUGCUUUCCUCGGUAUCUUUAUCAGUGUAUGUUCUGUGUUACGGCAACUUAACACCUUCGGUUGCUUUCACUGUGAUAUCAAUGUUAGGGUCUCUACAACUUUCCCUCGCAAUCGUCCCGGAGUUUUUCACACGGGGUCAGGAGGCCAAAGUAAGCUCUCGACGCAUAAACAAGUACCUUGACUUGGAAGAUAAACCCCCUAUUACAUCUUCUCCAGAUGGUAUCUCGUUCCACGACGCCUCGGUCAGCUGGUCCACAGAAGGUCCCCUACGUGGUACGGGUACUGAGAGUGCUCUCCUUCAUAACCUCAACCUGGCCUUCCCUAAAGACGGCCUCAGCGUAAUUGUCGGAAAGACAGGAUCUGGUAAAAGCCUUCUUAUAUCUUCCAUCUUAGGAGAAUGUGCGCUUCUCCGUGGCCGUAUCAACACUGUUAGCUCGCCAGAACAGUGCUCAGAGGAACUAGCAGACAAUGAAAACUGGAUCAUUCCCGCCAUAGCAAAUACCACCGAAAGCCCUUGGAUUGAAAAUGCCUCGAUCAAGAAUAAUAUUAUCUUCGAACUUCCUUUCGAUAUCGCGCGAUAUAAUAGCGUUUUAUCUGCCUGCGCUCUCCUCGAAGACCUACGGUUGCUCGAGGACGGUGACCUAACUGAAGUCGGCCCAAAUGGCGUCAACCUAAGCGGCGGACAGCGCUGGAGGCUUGCCUUGGCCAGGGCUCUGUACUCCCGUGCCAACACUUUGGUAAUGGACGACAUUUUCAGUGCCUUAGAUGCUCAUACCGGACGUCAUGUGUACAAGAACGCCUUGACGGGAGAUUUGGCACGUGGCCGAACACGCAUCAUUGCUACACACAAUGUUGAGCUGUGUCUUCCAGAUGCUGAUUAUGUGGUGCACUUGAACAAUGGGACGGCGGAGUAUACCGGGAAGGUGACCGGGUUGCAAACGCGUGGCCCAGAAUUCCUACCGGCCCUUGAGGAUCAAAGAUCUCACGAGGCCGCGCCAACAGCGGUGGAACUGGAAGAUAGAAAGCCGAGAAGCUUUAUCAUGGAAGAGAAACGGGAAACCGGUGCACUCCAAAGUUCUAUUUACCAAACCUACCUGAGAGCAGGUGGCGGGCUCGGUAUAUGGACCCUUGUCUUCUUAUCCUACGCGAGCUAUGAGGCUCUUAUUCUAGGACGAUCUUGGUGGGUUAAAAUCUGGACAGGCCACUCCUCCCAAAACCAACAUUUACGCACAAUCCAGCCAGUCUCCAGUUAUGCUGAGAUCACUCGCGACGAUCGCGAUACUAUCCAAUACCUCUAUAUUUAUGGCUAUCUAUCAAUAGUCGUAUGCUGCCUUGGUAUAGUCCGACAAUUUGCACUCAUGCUUGCAACCAUCCGAGCCUCCAGGGAGCUAUUCAAAAGGUUUGUGACGGCUAUUCUGCAUACUCCGUUGCAGUAUCUGGACAGGAUUCCCCAAGGCCGAAUUCUGAAUAGACUAUCCACGGACUUUAACCGCAUCGACUCGAAGAUCGGAAUAGACGCAGGGUUUCUCAUUGGGGAGUCCCUAAAACUCUUGGCUGUUAUGACCGCCGGGCUAUUCAUUUCCCCAUUACUGUUAAUCUUUGGAAUUGUUCUCAUGGGCUACUGUUGGAGAGUUUCUUCCGUAUACCUAGCAGGAGCCCGCGAAAUAAAACGCCUUGAAAGUAUUUCCCGAAGUCCAAUCUAUGAGCAAAUUCGGUCAUCUCUUACUGGCCUGACUACUAUUCGCGCCUUCGGAAGGUUCAAUCACUACACACAAAGCAUGAACUCAAACAUCGACCAUCAUAUGCAGGCUUCAUGGUAUCUAGCGCUGUUUCAGCGAUGGCUUGGGUUCCGCAUGGGCCUCGUCGGGGGCAUAUUUUCCACCGUCACGGCUGCUCUCGUCAUCCAGGUGCCAACUAUAUCAGCCUCCUUGGCGGGCUUCACCUUAAGCUUUGCCUUACAGUAUAGCUCAACCAUUACGCUGCUGCUUAGGCAGUAUGUAAACAUGGAACUGAACAUGAGCGCAAUAGAGCGUAUUGUCGAGUAUACCAACGUUGAGGGCGAAGACCAAACAGGUAUCGAUGUGCCUGAGAACUGGCCCAGUGAAGGAUGGAUUGAAAUCCAGGACUUGACCGUUGGUUACGCAGCUAACCAGCAGCUGGUGCUAAAUGGACUCACUUUGAACAUCAAAGCGAACGAAAAGGUUGGAAUUGUCGGACGCACAGGUUCCGGCAAGUCAUCUUUAGCUCUAUCCCUCUUCCGGUUCCUUGAGUUUUACAAAGGUAGCAUACAUAUCGAUGGAGUGGAUAUCUCUACGAUCAAGCUCCAUGACCUCAGACGUCGGAUCACGCUCAUCCCCCAGGACCCUGUACUCUUUUCAGGAACUAUACGAACAAACCUAGAUCCCUUUAAUGACUUCAGCGACGCUGAACUCGAGAACGCUCUCCAGCGCAUCCGUUCAGUAAUCCCGUCUGUCGAGGGUAGCAAGGUUCCACGAUUGUCUCUCGUAUCCACUGUUUCUGAAGGAGGGUUGAACCUUUCAGGGGGCCAACGGCAGCUCCUCUGUCUAGCACGAGCUAUUAUAUCUAGGCCUAAAAUCAUGGUUCUCGACGAGGCGACAUCGUCAGUUGAUACGAAAACCGACGCUUUUAUUCAACAGUUGAUUCAGAAGGAAUUCAAGAACUCUACCUUACUCGUCAUUGCGCACCGACUGAGCACCAUUCUAAACUUUGACCGGAUCAUCGUACUGGAUAAAGGGUCCGUGAUUGAGUUUGGAACGCCGAGAGAGCUGAUGGGAAUUGAGGAUGGUCACUUUAGACGUUUGCUUGACAUCAGUGGUGAGGGGAAGAGUUUAGAGGAGCGCAUUCUUGCAUAA